AUAUUUUUAAACACACUUCAUUCAUAUGUAAUUUCAACUAGCUCGUUUCAAAGAUAAGAAUUUUAAAAUCAACUACAGCCCACGAAGCAGGGGGGUAUCAUUAUUCCACCAAGAACUCGUGAGUCACAAAAAACAAAAUUUUACGCAGCGUUGUUGUUGUAGCCUAAUAAAGUGAUCUGUGUUGAUAAAUUUACAUCUCAUCAAAAUUAAAAAUGGAGGAUCUCCCGCCAGAACAAAUUUCAGUAUUACGCAAAGCAUUCGAUGCUUUCGACAGAGAACGGUCAGGAAGUAUUCCAACUGACAUGGUAGCUGAUAUUUUACGUUUAAUGGGUCAACCUUUCAAUAAGAAAAUUCUUGAUGAACUUAUUGAAGAAGUAGAUGCCGACAAAUCUGGAAGAUUGGAAUUUGACGAAUUCGUAACUUUGGCCGCCAAAUUCAUUGUAGAAGAAGAUGAUGAAGCUAUGCAAAAAGAAUUACGAGAAGCGUUCAGAUUGUAUGACAAAGAAGGUAACGGAUACAUUCCAACCACGUGUUUAAAAGAAAUUUUAAGGGAGUUGGACGAUCAAUUAACAAAUGAAGAAUUAGACAUGAUGAUCGAUGAAAUUGAUUCCGAUGGAUCAGGAACUGUUGAUUUUGAUGAAUUCAUGGAAAUGAUGACUGGAGAGUAAAAUUUAAAUUUUCUUACAACGUUUCGAAUUUUCAAGACAGAUCUGUGGAAUAUGUAUGAACCAUCUAUAUUCUUUAUGUAUAGAGCGUGUGGGCAAAGUUAUUUCAUAAUAUUUUUGCAUAAUAUCUUGUUUCAGUAUUUUGGUUACCCGCUAAUUUUCUGUAUUUAUUCGUUUCACAAUAUACAUUCAAAAUAAGUUCUUA